AACUGCAACUGGUCUUUCCGGUUGUCAACAAAGUUUGCCCAACGUGGUAAUUUGAUGCAAACUUUAAAGCCUUUGCAUCAUUGCUUUUAUUCAGAUUUGGUCAGAAACGUCUGAAAGUCAAAAAUCGAACUUUCGUAAUUUUUGUGGCGGAUUUCAAUCAAAUCGAAUAUAAUUAUGCCAGAUUUAAGUGUAUCUCAUGAAAACUCAGGUGAAGUGACAGAACCUCCAAAAAGUGCAGCUCAAUUAAAAAAGGAAGCGAAAAAGAAAGAAAAGUUAGAGAAAUUUAAGCAAAAACAAGAAAAAAUACAAUCUCAAAAUGUUGAAAAGACUUCAAAAAAGCCAAAAGAGAAGAAAGAGAAAGAAGUGAUAAUAUAUGAUAAAAAUAUACCACCUGGGGAAAAAAAAGAUAUCUCUGGUUCAAUGCCUGAUGCAUAUAGCCCAAAAUAUGUUGAAGCUGCAUGGUAUGCAUGGUGGGAAAAAUCUGGGUUCUUUAAACCAGAAUAUGGUGGUAGAGAUAUUGCCAAUGUUAACUAUGAGGAUAAAUUUGUCAUAGUCAUACCUCCUCCAAAUGUCACUGGCAGUUUGCAUGUAGGGCAUGCUUUGACAAGUGCCAUUGAAGAUUCCAUUACUAGAUGGCACCGAAUGAAAGGGAAGAUGACUUUGUGGAAUCCAGGAUGUGAUCAUGCAGGAAUAGCUACACAAGUUGUUGUAGAGAAAAAAAUUUGGAAAGAGCAGCAAAAACGCCGCCAUGAUUUGGGAAGAGAAAAGUUUAUUGAAGAAAUUUGGAAAUGGAAAGAACAGAAGGGUGAUCGAAUUUAUGAACAGCUGAGAUUAUUGGGAUGUUCUGUUGAUUGGGAUCGAGCUACAUUUACUAUGGAUCCAAAAAUGUGUCGUGCUGUAACUGAAGCAUUUGUUAGGUUACAUGAUGAUGGCUUAAUUUAUCGAGCAAAUCGCCUAGUGAAUUGGUCAUGCACUUUAAAAUCUGCAAUAUCUGAUAUAGAGGUGGAUAAACUUGAAUUACCUGGAAGGACUUUACUUUCUGUGCCAGGUUAUAAAGAUAAAAUUGAAUUUGGUGUCUUAGUAUCUUUUGCUUAUCCUGUUGAAGACUCUGAUGAAGAAAUAGUUGUUGCAACUACCAGAAUAGAAACAAUGUUAGGAGAUUCUGCUAUUGCUGUUCAUCCAAAUGAUUCCCGCUACAAGCAUUUGCACGGAAAAUAUGUAUUGCAUCCAUUCUGUUCAAGGAGGAUGCCCAUUGUUUGUGAUGAAUUUGUUGAAAUGGAGUUUGGAACAGGUGCUGUAAAGAUUACUCCUGCUCAUGAUCCAAAUGAUUAUGAAGUUGGUAUGAGGCAUAAACUACCUUUUAUUAAUAUUCUUAAUGAUGAUGGAACUUUAAAUGACAACUGUGCUGAAUUUUCUGGCAUGAAAAGAUUUGAAGGUCGCGUUAAUGUCUUAGCUGCAUUGAAAGAAAAGAAUUUGUACAGAGAUACUAAAGACAAUCCUAUGGUGGUUCCUGUAUGCAGUCGCUCUAAAGACAUUGUAGAACCCAUGCUUAAAGUUCAGUGGUAUGUGAAAUGUAAAGGAAUGGCACAAAAAGCUAUGGAAGCCGUAAAUAACGGGGAUUUGAAAAUUCUUCCUGAUGUUCAUAUUAAAAUAUGGAAUCGAUGGUUGGAAAAUAUUCGAGAUUGGUGUGUUUCAAGGCAGCUGUGGUGGGGACAUAGAAUUCCUGCUUAUUAUGUAACUGUUAAAGGUAGAACAGAAGCUGGUGAUGCUGAAAGUGAAAAUGAGCGCUGGGUCAGUGGUAGAACUGAAGAUGAAGCUCACCUAAAAGCUGCUAAAAAAUUUAAUGUCUCUGUUGAAGAUAUUAGCUUAAAGCAAGAUGAAGAUGUUUUGGAUACAUGGUUUUCAUCUGGUCUUUUCCCCUUCUCUAUAUUUGGCUGGCCUGAUGAAACCAAAGAUCUGAAAGCUUUUUAUCCUGGUACACUUUUAGAAACUGGACAUGAUAUCCUGUUUUUUUGGGUAGCUCGUAUGGUGAUGCUUGGACUUCAGCUUAUGGGGAAGCUGCCAUUCAAAGAAGUAUUUUUACAUUCCAUUGUGAGAGAUGCUCAUGGUAGAAAAAUGAGCAAAUCUUUGGGCAAUGUUAUUGAUCCCAUUGAUAUGAUAAAUGGAAUUUCCUUAGAGGCUUUACAUGCAUCUCUAUUGGAAUCUAAUCUUGACCCAAAAGAAAUUGAGAAGGCUAAACAAGGUCAAAAAGCAGAUUUUCCUAGUGGAAUUCCUGAAUGUGGAACAGAUGCAUUACGUUUUGCUCUAUGUGCUUACACUGCUCAAGGUCGUGAUAUAAAUCUAGAUAUAAAUCGUGUUGAAGGUUAUAGACACUUCUGUAACAAACUGUGGAAUGCUACUAAGUUUGCUCUUAUGUAUCUUGGUUCAGAUUUUAAACCUAAGGCUGAGUUUCAGUUAAGUGGUCAUGAAAGCAAAAUGGAUCUGUGGAUUUUGAGUCGCUUAUCUUGUGCUGUAGAAGCUUGUAAUACUGGAUUUGAAACUUAUGAUUUCCCUGCUGCAACAACAGCUUGUUAUGCAUUUUGGCUUUAUGACUUAUGUGAUGUUUAUUUGGAAUCACUGAAGCCUGUCUUCCUAUCUGGAAAUGAACUGUCUAUUGCAACUGCGAAGGAAAUGCUUUAUACAUGUUUAGAUUUAGGACUAAGACUUCUAAGUCCAUUCAUGCCAUUUGUAACUGAAGAAUUAUUCCAAAGAUUACCAAGAAGGCAAAGUGAUUCUGUUAUAAGUAUCACUAUUGCUCAAUAUCCAGUCCCUGAAAAGUAUUCUUGGAAAAAUAAUGAUUUAGAGAAAGCAGUUUCAUUCGCCUUAAAUAUCAUUCACAAAGUCAGAUCUUUGAGAUCCGAUUAUAAUUUGGCAAAGAAUGAAAAACUUGAUUUAUUUUUGAAAUGUGAUGAUGAAGAAACAAAAUCUCAACUUUCUGGUCUACAUGAAACAAUCUUAACUUUAUCUUCAUCGGCUACAAUAAAAAUUAUUGAUUCUGAAGGAAUUCCACCAGGAUGUGCAAUUACAACAAUAUCAGAAAAUUGUGAAGCCUACUUGCUUUUAAAGGGUCAUAUUGAUAUAAGCAAGGAAAUAUCUCGAUUAGAGCAGAAAAAGGAGAAAUUAGAUUCUCAGAUUUCUAAACUGAAGCAAGCUACUGAAGUACCAGAUUAUGAAAGUAAAGUGCCAGCUGCUGUCAGAGAAUCUCACAUAGAAAAGAUUACAUUGACAGAAGGAGAGCUCAACAAGGUGAUACAAGCUAUUGAAACUUUACAAGUCAUGGACUCUUAAUUCAAGAAAUUAAUAACAAAUAUAAAAAACUUUGCAUUCCUCAAUAAAUUAUUUAUUGAAUCAUA